GGUACUACACUCUACAGCUGAAAUUUCGGGCGUGCACCACAACCCACAAUGGCGCGAGCACUCGUAAGCCCAACACUCCAUCCUCCGGUCAUCCGAACCCCGUCUUUCCGGCGCCUUCACCAACUUCCGACGCCGUUAAAUCCUCAACCGUCCGCCGUCAAUUCGAAUGCAGCGCCGCCUCUUCUCUGGAAACUCCGUCCAGUUCCUACAAUACGCCGCGGCAUUAGAGCAAGCGCGGAGCCCCAUCAGGGAAAUGGCGAUGGAGAAAACCGCCGACUUCCGCAAGCUCUGAGUUCAAAUUGGCCGAAAUCAUUUGCGAAAUUCGCGGCUGAUAAUUUUCUGCCAUUAGCUCUUGUCUCUGGAGUGGUGUUAGGUCUUGUGAAUCCUAGCCUUGGUUGUCUUGCUGAUACAUAUUACCUAUCAAAAUUUAGCACUUUUGGGAUAUUUGUAAUAUCAGGACUGACUCUUCGCAGUGAUGAAAUUGGUGCUGCUGCUGAAGCAUGGCCAGUUGGACUCUUUGGGCUGGCUUCAAUAUUACUUUUCACUCCGUUAUUUUCAAAAGUCAUUUUGCUGCUCAAGCUCCAGCCACAAGAAUUUGUCACAGGACUUGCUAUAUUUAGCUGUAUGCCUACCACAUUAUCUAGUGGAGUGGCGUUAACUCGGUUAGCUGGAGGGAACUCUGCUCUUGCUCUUGCGAUGACUGUCAUAUCCAAUUUAUUAGGGAUUUUAAUUAUACCUUUUUCAAUCUCGAAACUCAUAGGUGCUGGAGUUGGAGUAUCAGUUCCAGCCGAACGAUUGUUGAGAAGCCUUGUUCUCACACUUUUAGUUCCUCUCAUACUGGGAAAGGUUGCUCGAGAACUCUCCAGAGGGGUAGCAAACUUUGCAGAUGGAAAUCGUAAACUUCUGGCAAUGAUCAGCGCUAUCUUCCUUAGUUUUGUACCGUGGAUUCAAGUAAGCAGAUCAAGGUCACUUUUGUUAAUGGUGAAGCCAUCAGUUUUUCUCGUGGCUGUCGUGAUGGGAGCGCUUCUGCAUGCUGUCCUAUUAGCUUUCAACGCUUUGCUCAUUCCAAGUCUUUCGGCUUUAUCUGGAGGUAGUAAAUCACCUUUCGCCAAGAAAGAAAAUGCCAAUGCUCUUCUAUUAGUCGCAAGCCAGAAAACGUUGCCUGUGAUGGUAGCAGUUGUCGAGCAACUUGGUGGUGCUUUAGGUGAAUCCGGCUUACUCGUUCUUCCAUGUGUAGCAGCUCAUUUGAACCAGAUUAUCAUCGACUCGUUUUUAGUGAGCAUAUGGAAACGAAAAGUGACUGAAUUCGAAGAUUCCAAGGUUGCGUAGAGCUAAUUUAACAUGCACCGAAGGGUACGUCUAUCACAUUAGCUGUGUCCAUAUAUAUGGUUUAACCAUGACGUGACAGUACAAAUAAUCACUUUGUGAGGCCUUACGCAUUUGUUUUGUAUCUCUGCGUUUAUUUAUUAAUGUUAUUGGGCAUAAUGUUCCGAAACGCAAAGGUUUAUUUCAUCGGCAUUAUUUUCGUCUGAAGAACUACACAGCAAGUGCUGGUAAUGGUAAAUGUAAGUUAAUGAUGAAAACAAAUUUUCGAGAAAAUGUGAUGUUCCGUUUGAUGCAA